UUAAAGUCCAUACAUGCAUGAUUGGAAAAAUCUAAUCGUUGAAAAUGUUUCUUUCUCAAAUCAUAAAUUACACGUUUUUGCUAUCGAAAUUGUACUCGAGAAAAGUUCAUUGCGAGAUAAUUUGUAGGCUUUUGUACGAUUAUGAAGAGAAGAAUAUAUUAUUCCAGAUGAAAAAAUUACAAAAAUAACAUUCCAGAAAAUUGCGGAACGAUUUUUAAAAUUUUAUAACCGUUAAAAAUUAAAUGCGUGACAAAAUAUUUUGUAAAUUUUAAUUUUAAUUAUAAAAUGAGAUAAGAAAUGAAAAUAUAAUGUAUUUAGCUUUAUAAUUUCUUAUCUUAAUCAUUAAAUCAUGUAGAAUUUAAUUUUAAUAACAUAAAAUUAAAUUCUUACUUUGAUAUUUGUAACGGUAAAAAUUUCAAAAAUAUCCGCAAUUUUCUGGCAUGGAAUAAUUUUUCCGCAAUAAUCUGGAUUUGGAAUAGUUUAGUCGCGGAAAAAUAUAUUCUUCUCAUU